AUGCAGCCGGAGCAGUCGAAACGUGGGCGUCCGAGCGUCGCCUGUGCCAAUUGCCGAGCUGCCAGACGGGCCUGCGACGGCAAGUUCGCCGACUGCGCCAAGUACGUGUCGCUACCCACGACCGCCUCCGACGCUGCCGGCCCGUCCCAGCCAGCCUCGCCACCUCCGAGCCGGCCUGUUCGCUCCAAGGUGAGCCCGGGCGGCUCGGAGCAUCGCGGCGCUCCGAUUGCCCUCGCCGCCGAGCCGGCUUACUCGCCCGAGGAGGAGAUGCGCGACAGGACCGACCGACGCUACGAUCUCAAGCAGCGGCGGACGUCGGAAGAGGCGGUGGUCGCAGUGGGAGAGCAGCUGGCCUCCGCGGGCUGGGCGGCCGAUGCGGUCAUCGAGGAGGAUGGCAGGACGAGGAGCGGGCAGCUCGACUCCAAGCAGGCGGACGGCCGCCUGAUGGAGCUGCUCGUCGUCGCCUCCGCCUCCGUGUCGCCGGACGCGCCGCUGCGCACCUCUGCCCACCCCUCGCUCUGCGCGCCGCCCUAUCCACUCACCCCUCCUCACCCCGGCCAGGACGACGAGACGGCCGACGGCGAGACGACGUGGUUCGCGACGGCGCGCGGCCCGGAGGAGAAGAACGAGUCGACGAUCACGUGCGGCCCGACGACGCUGGUCAAGAACCACUACUCGGUGCCAGUCGAGUGGGUCAACUUGCACGAGCUCAACGACGAGUUUGCCAUCUUCAAGGCUUGGCCGAGCGAGCAAAACCGCGUCGCCGCGACGCACCUGCUCGCCGUGCCAGAGCUCAAGUGGGCGAAGGAGGAGGGCGGCCUCUUCUACCUCGCCCGCAGCGAGUACGACCUCGCGUGCGGGCAGGUUUGA